GACCGAGGUAUGCUUCUAGAGGGGAGGGGGAAUCGAGUUCGAGGGGGAAAGGGGGAGGGAAUCAAAACCGAGGGAAGGGGUGAAGCGAAAUGGAGGGGAGGGGGGGGGGGGAAGGGAGGGGGGAACGAAACGGAGGGGAGGGGGGGUGGGGGUUCGAAACGGAGGGGAGGCGUGGAAGCGAAACGGAGGGGAGGGGGGAAGCGAAACGGAGGGGGAGGGGGGGGGGGGGGGGUGGGGGUGGGGGGUGGGUUUGAAAAUUGAGGGGGGGGGGAGAGGAUCGCGCCCCGGUUGAUCGAUC